GGGUGAGCGAGUGUUACUGCUGGCGGAGAGCAGCUCCUGGGGUUUUGGGGCUGGGCGCUCUAAAGUUGAGGAGGUGCUGAGGUUCAGCUGCUGCCCAGUCUCAAACAAUGAACUACGUGGGGCAGCUUGCUGAGACAGUCUUUGUCACGGUGAAGGAGCUGUACCGGGGUCUGAACCCUGCCACCCUGACGGGCUGCAUCGAUGUGGUCGUGGUGAGGCAGCCUGAUAACUCCUUCCAGUGCUCCCCGUUUCAUGUGCGCUUUGGUAAACUGGGUGUGCUGCGCUCCAAGGAGAAGGUGGUUGACAUUGAAAUCAAUGGGGAGCCUGUGGACCUGCACAUGAAGCUGGGUGACAAUGGAGAGGCCUUCUUUGUUCAGGAAUCAGAGGAGAAUGAGGGCAGCAUCCCCUCCUGCCUCUGCACAUCCCCUAUCCCCAGGAAGGAGAGCCUGCAGGUUGUUGCUGAACCCUCUCACGAGCAGGAGACCUCCAACGCUGAAGCAACCCUGCGCAAGAGAAGGCGACGCAGGAGGAAGCCCAAGCGGAAGGAGGUGUCAGACUCCGAGUUAGAAGCCUGCAAGGAGACCAAAAGUGAGAUGUCUGUGGAGGAGCCGUGCAAGCUGCCAGCCCCCAGUGAUUCAGUGUAUUUCUCCUUCACUGAUCUCCCUGAAGAAGAAACUGGGUUGUUGCAGUCCCCAGAAAUGCACCCUUACUCUGAUGGGGAGCUGGCCUCUGUGGACAGCCCCACCCUGGGCCAUCUGUCUUCUCCCAAAAGUGACUCUGAGCUGGAGAUCAGACCGCAGGAGAGUUUUGCUCUAGGAGCCGAAUCCCACAUGCAGUGGAGCUGGGGAAGGCUCCCUCAGGUGAAUAAAUUGGAACGAGUUGAACUAGUCAAGUCCACAACGACCAUUGCUACUGCAGCAACCACCAUCUCUGUGACACCAGUCCCAGUGGAUGAGGCAACUCAUCUUGUUGCCGCCUCCAAAGGUCUGGGAGAAGGUCCAAGCCCAGCAGGACCUCAGAGUGUAUCUUGUUCCUCCGCUGUGCCUGUUGUUGAGCCAACACCCGCACCACAGGGUGAGAACAGCCUACCCAAGCUGAAGGACAUCCCUAGUGCUCUGGGGGCAGAGAGCUUGUUGGAGGCCUCCUCAGCCCUUCAAGAGAAACAGGAGGGAGGUUGGAGUGUUGUACCAGAGGUUCAGCCAGAUGCGGAGCCCUUUGAGGGAGCUGCUGCUCCAAGGCAUGUGGGCUUGGAGGGCCCCAAGCCCCAGCUGGAAAGCCAGAGGAGACAAGGAUCCAUCAAAAGAAGUUCUCACUUGGGUCCCAGUGAUGUUUACCUGGAAGACCUCUCCAGCCUGGAUGAGGAGCAGGUGGCUCUCUAUUUCCCCAGGAGUGACACAGAGCAGAGUUCAAAGCCUGUUGCAGACCCCAGCAACCCUCUGUGUGUCCAGUUGCCAUCUGACUUGCCUGCUGACAGCCCCACGGACUCAGAAUCUGAUUUGAUGCCCACAAUUGCCCUGUCACUAUGUGGAGGCCUGGGGGGCAGCAGGGAGAUCUCUCAUGAAAAGUUCAUGGAGCACAUGGUCUCCUACCAGCAGUUUGCUGAGAAGCCAGGACUUAUUGAUGACCCGAACCUGGUGAUACUGAUCAACAAGAAGUAUUACAACUGGGCAGUGGCUGCUCCCAUGAUCCUGUCCCUGCAGGCUUUCCAGAGGAACAUUCCUGAGAGUGCCAUCGACCAACUGGUGAAGGAGAAGAUGCCCAAGAAAGGCAGAAGGUGGUGGUUCUCCUGGAGGAGGAGAGAAUUCCCAGCAGAGGAGCAGCAGCCAAGGCCAGGGGAAGCCAACGUGGGGACACUGCAGCCUGACUCUGCUCAGCAGAGGCAGGAGGAAGAGGGGUCAUCCAGUGGUGAUGAGGCCCUGCACCCUGGGGACACAUUGGCAAUGGAUGCCCCUGCACAGAAAUCCCUCCCAACCUACAAGAAAUCCCUGCGGCUCUCCUCCAAACAAAUUGGAAGGCUGAAUCUGCAGGAUGGCCCCAAUGACGUGGCGUUCAGCGUGACAACUCAGUACCAGGGCACGUGUCGCUGUGAGGCCACUAUCUACCUGUGGAACUGGGAUGACAAGGUGGUCAUCUCGGACAUCGAUGGCACCAUCACCAAGUCAGAUGCACUUGGGCAUAUCUUACCACAUCUGGGAAAAGACUGGACUCAUCAUGGAAUCGCUAAACUCUUCCACAAAAUCCACCUGAAUGGCUACAGGUUCCUCUACUGCUCAGCCAGGGCAAUCGGCAUGGCACACAUCACCAAAGGCUACCUCAAAUGGGUCAAUGAGCAAGGCUGUGCCCUCCCCAAGGGCCCCAUCCUGCUCGCCCCCAGCAGUCUCUUCUCUGCCUUCCACAGGGAGGUGAUUGAGAAGAAGCCAGAGGUGUUCAAGAUAACCUGCUUGAUGGACAUCCAAAACCUGUUUGCCAUGAAGGUGCCCUUCUAUGCAGCCUUUGGGAACAGAGCCAGCGAUGUCUAUGCUUACAAGCAAGUGGGCCUGCCAGAGAGCCGCAUAUUCACGGUCAACCCCAAGGGAGAGCUGAUCCAGGAGCUCAUGAAGAACCACAAGUCAACGUAUGAGCGGCUGUCAGAGCUGGUGGAGUUGAUCUUCCCUCCUCUGGGACAGAGUGGGAGCAUGGCUCUGGUGUGUCCAGAGUACAGCCAUUUUGCCUACUGGAGACCUCCACUUCCUGACAUUGACUUGGAUGCCUUCUCCUGACCUCAUUACCUGUGGAGACCUGACCUAGAGCUCUCUUGGCAUCCUCUGCGAGCACUGGAUGCUCUAGAUGCAUCUCCUCCUCUCUGUUUGCAGCUCGGGUUAUUUUGCACUUAUAAUACGGGUUAUGUUCUGCACUAGAAACACUUCUCUGAGGGCCAAAGUGGGUCCACAAAAACUCAGUUUACUAAACUAAAAUUCCUAUAAGCUGGGUCUCUUCUUAAUGUUCUUAACACCUUGAAAGCCUGGCUCUGUUUUAAAGGUGGCAAUGGGUCACUAUGUAUUGAUGAGCCUCUGGCAUAGCUAUUGCUACCUCCAGUAUGACCAGUGUUCCCAGACAGUACAGCUCCCUGCAGUUUGGUAGCUGAUGGAGUGAAGCUGUCCUGUGGCUUAACAACUCAUUAAAGCAGAUGGAAGCUGUUGGGGUUUUGAGUGUUCUUCACUAAUAGCAAUAAUUAAUAAAUA